AUGCUACUGAUGCUACUGAUGCUACUGAUGCUACUGAUGCUACUGAUGCUACUGAUGCUACUGAUGCUACUGAUGCUACUGAUGCUACUGAUGCUACUGAUGCUACUGAUGCUACUGAUGUACCAUGUACUGAUGUUACAGACGCUACAGCUACUACUACUACUACUACUACUACUGCUAUCGCUGCUACUGCCGCUAAAUUUAUUGAAUAUAAAUUUCUUU